AUGGCCCGGCCGCCGCCGCCACCGGGCGGCUACGGGCCGCUGCCCCGCGACGCGCCGGCAGGCGCGCCGCCCGCCGAGCCGCGGCCCGCCGCCCCGCGGCGACAGCGGGCGUGCCUGGCGGUCGUGGCGGCCGCGGCCACCUGCGCGCUGGUCGCGCCGCUCCUCACCUCCCGGGCGCCGCAGGCGCGCGAAAAGGCCGCGGGCGCCGCGGCGCUCAGGAGCGACCCCGCGCUUGCGCUCGUCAAGGACUUCGACAUUGUUCAAGCAGUCCGAGACAGGCUGUUCCGCCACGCAGACGCGACGGCGCCCGCCGCGUCGCCGCAGGCGGCGUCCUCCUCCGCGGAGAGCGGGGGCGACCCGACCCUCCAGUCCACGCAGGAGCUGGCCGCGGCGGCCGCCGCGGCUGCGCCGACGCCGCCGCGGCCUGCGCCCAGCCCCGCGCAGCGGGCGGCCAGCUCGGCCUCCAGCCAGUUCGGCUCCGCGGACGCUCUCGAAGGGGAGCCCGUCCAGGGCUGGGGCAGCGGCUUCUGCGGCAUCAACGCCAAUCCUCAUCUGUGCCCUCAGUUUUUGGACGAGCUGGCCGAAACCGACGAGGAGGGCGCCAAGAACAUACUCUGCCACGACGGCGGUGGCGAGACCCCGUGCGACCUGUUCCACAUCGGCCGGGACUGGGACCUGGUCGACCCAAGACUCUGCAAGAGAGCUCCUGGCCUGCUCUUCCUGUGGAGCACAGGGGACUUCAUGAACGCCGGCUUCGACCCGGUUCUGGAGAACGACCCGCUGUGCGGGGGCGGCGGCGGCCUGCCAGAUUGCCCCACCUGGGCGGCGCAGGCCUGGAUUGAGUACGCCGACAAGUGGGCCGUGGAGCUGGCCGAGGCCAGAGAUUCAGGCCUUGGGAUUGCAAGUCCACGCUUCUCUGGCGACGUCAUGGGGAAGUUCGCAAAGUUCUUCACGGCAUGCCCCGAUUGUGCCAAGGCGGACUCCCCGUACUACAUCGAUGCGCUCGGCUUCAACCAGGGAGUGAGGCACGGCCAGAUGCAGCAGGACGUCGCCGACAUCCGGGCCACUGCCACGGCGCUGAGGCAGACCUACCCCGGCCGGCGUGUCAUACUGGCGGACACCCACUGCGCUGGUGAGGCCAAGGCGUCGGUGCAGGCGGACAUGAUCCUGAACAGCGGACUGUUUGACAAGGCGGGCAGCCAGCUGGACGCGGUGUACUGGAACGUCUAUCCGCAGGGGUUCUCCGACGCAUCCGCCUGGAGCGUGCUGCCCGACGAGGUGCAGGAGGGGCCGGCGCAGGGCAAGACGCUGGGCCAGGAGGUCGAGCACGUGGCCGUCCUGUCGGACGGGAGCCUGUCCCUUCUGCAGUGA